UAAAGGGACAGCACAGUGUCCUUCCUGCAGCUGUUCAAUAGGAAUCACAUGGCUGAGGAGAUUUAAUUCACUCUUUCAAGCAGAACUGAGGUUGACAGUAAUCAUGGCUGUUAUGGGAAUUCAGAUGGUGGUCACAUUGUUAGUGGCAAGUCUCAUGCAACGAGUGUCUCCACACUACUCCUUUGGCAGAUGGUUGCUGUGUAAUGGCAGUUUGUUUCGUUACAAACAUCCAACUGAGGAGGAACUGCGGACUUUAGCAGGGAAACAAAAACCUAAAGCCAAGAAAGAAAGGCGGACAAAUGGUGUGGCAGAGGAGAAACCGCUAACCGUCCCUAAGGACAUAGACCUGCGCUUGGAUACACAGCCAAUCAACACCAUGGAUGCCCUUGUGCUUCGCUAUUUCCUGGAGUACCAGUGGUUUAUAGAUUUUGCUUUGUACUCGACAAUCAUCUACUUGUUCACCGAAGCCUAUUAUUGUGUCGUGGAUGCCCAAAAUGAGAUCAACAUUGGAGUCCUAUGGUGCCUGAUGUCCAUCAUUUUUUCCAUCAAGGUCUUAUUUACUGUGAUGAAACAUUACUUCCGAUCUGAGGAGGGGGGUGAACGGUCUGUCUGCAUGACAUUUGCCUUUUUCUUUCUUCUGAUUGCGAUGAUAGUAACAAUUGUGCGUGACGAGUAUCUGGAGUUUGGGCUGGAACCAGGCUUGGCCAGUGUCUGUCACAAUCUAGAAAAUUUUCUGGCUCAGCAAGGCUGGCAGUGGUCAAUGCCCUUCGUCAAACUUGCCUUUAAAAUUGCACUAGUGGCCCUUUGUGCAUUCCUUGGUGGCUGCCUCACUUUUCCUGGUUUGCGACUGGCUCAGACUCACUUGGAUGCUUUAAAAAUGGCAGCUGACAGGCCAAUGCUACAGCUCCUGCUUCACAUGAGUUUUCUACCACCUGUUAUUGUAGUGGUGCUGUGGAUCCGUCCAAUCACCAGAGACUUCCUGUUGAACGCACCAAUGGGAAAAGAGUCUGUAGAGCUGAUGUCUAACUCUGCCUACAAUACCUUCCGUCUUUGGAUAAUUGUACUUCUCUGCCUUCUACGUUUCUGCUUGACCCGCUUUCAUUUGCAGGCAUACUUGUGCCUUGCUGACCGCUGGGUGGAACAAAUGAAGCGAGAAGCGGGACGGAUCUCCAUGCUUGAGAUACAGCGCAAGAUUUCACGCAUCUUUUGUUAUUUGACUGUGGUUGCUCUUCAGUACCUGGCUCCAGUUAUCCUCACUUUUCACUGCGUAUUUAUGCUCAAAUCAUUAGGUGACUAUUCUUGGGGACUGUACCCAGAACCCCCUGGUUUCACUCCAGUAGUAGAUUCUUCCCCUGUGCAAUCACACUCGCCUACUUCAGAAGAAGAAGAAGAUACAGAAGAUGUCCAAGCUGCUGUGGAGCAAAUUAUGGGAGUGCUGACUUCCUUACGAGGCCUAUUCACCCCUUUGUUUUUCCGUGGUAUCUUUUCAUUUCUGACGUGGUGGGUCUCUGUCUGCCAGAUCAUAACCAGCCUGUUUGGUCUGUACUUUCAUCAGUACCUGGGUGCCUCAUAGAGCCAAAUAGAACAUUGCCAGCAAAGAUGGGACAGCUGGUGAAUCUACAAUGGUAACAAUCUUCUGGAAACACUAUUAAGUGCAGAUACAAUCAAAUAUUUUUAUUCUAUAACAUAAGAGACCACAUAAUCUGCUCCAUGCUCAAAAGUGACCACCAUGCUUGGAAUAUAAUUGUUAGAUCCUAUUUACAGAAUUAAAAAUACCAGUAUAGUAAAGGACAGGUCAUGUUGGAAACAGCUAUUGGUUGAGAAUGAUGGGUACUUACAUCUAGCGAAACGUAAUAAACCUACCAUCCAUAUACUGUAUAGGACUAGCUUUAUUGCCCCCACCAUUUCAACUGUGAUUUGUAAGCAAAAAGAUCUGUUGUUUCAUUAUGGAGCUACAAUGGUUAUUUUAUAUUAAAAGGCAUCAUUAGAGCCAGGUAGAAUGUAUCCAGGCACAAUCAUUUGGUAACACACAUUCAGUCAUAGUUCUAAAGUGUGUGUAAAAUGUUCUACACCAGAAAUCAUUGUAGUGAUAUUUAUAAGCAGUGUGUUUCUCUUGAUUUUACACCAUCCAUUGAUUUGCUCCCAAAAUCUACACCGUUAUUUUCACGUGGCUUUUUACACCCCAAUUUGGCACUCUGAUGCCCAGUCAUUACACAGCUUAAAGGAGAAGGAAAGUCAUUUAACACUUGGGGGUUAUGUUAGGCACCCCCAAGUGAUUGUAUUUACUUACCUGAAACCCGAGGCUGGUGCUCCUAUCAGCAGAAAACUGCACCGGCCCGAGGUUAUUCCAGUGAGCACCACGGAUCAAUCCUCUUCCGUCUUCUUCUUUCUUCUCGCGGCUGAGCUUCCAGCUAUUUCAUUCAACUGCGCAUGUGUUUGGCCCGGGAAAAUUGAAGAAAGAAGAAGCUGGAAGAGGAUUGCUCAGUGGUGCUCACUGGUAUAACCCCUGGCUGGUGCAGUUUUCUGCUGAUAGGAGCACCGGCCUGGGUUUCAGGUAAGUCAAUACAUUCACUUGGGGGUGCCUAACAUUUCCUUCACCUUUUAAAGGAACAGUAACACAAAAAAAUUGUGUUUUAAAGUAAUGAAAAUAUCAUGUAGUGUUGGCCUGCACUGUUAAAACUGUUUGUUUCAGAAACACUUCUUUAUUUCAUAUACAACAAGCUGCUGUGGAGCAAUGGUGGAAAUUGAAAAAAGGCUAUAUGGCACAGGUUAAAUAGUGGAUAACAGAUAACAUUAUGUUCUUCAGAACUUAUCAUGCUGUGUAAAUUGAGCCUUUUCUUUUCUCCUUUGGUUGCCCCCAUUGCUACACAGCAGCUUAUUUAUAUAAACAAUAGUAGUGUUUCUGAAGCAAGCAGACAAGUUGUACCAGUGCAGGGCAACACUGCGUUAUAAUUUUAUUACUUUAAAACGCUUCCAUUUUUUCAUGUUACUGUUCCUUUAAUAAAUACACAAUUAAACACGGAGUAGCAUGUAGUUAAAGUGAUGAUGAAUGGUGUGUUCUAAUUCCACUUCUUUUACACAGCUUUAGAAAUGAGCCUCAAGUCUCAGGGCAGCCAUUUUCUUCUUUGUUUAUCAUUGGGACAAGAAAAUGAUUUGUUAUGAAGCUAUUUGUAAAUAUGUCUUUUUAAUGUAGCCAUAUUAAAUGCCACCAAUGUGAAUUAAAA